CAAUAUGCGCCCACUUCUGCGGGUAAUUCAUGCACCUGGCAACCCUGCCGCGCUGCCACAUACAGGGAUUACGUCAUCGCUGGCUCUGUUGUUGAAUAUGAUUUUCGUAGAGCCGGAAUAAAAAUGUGUUUUCCGCUCGGUGCGUUUGAGGUUUAAAAGCAGUAGUAUUUAGAAGAUGUGUGGAAGGGAUGAUGCUCACGGGGAUGGCUGUGUCUGAGGGAUGCAGGGAUCAUAAAGAGGUUUUAAACGGCAAAAUCCUGACAGAGCUGAGAGGAUGACAGCUGUCAGUUUAUCAGCGCCACUUUGUCAACCAUGCGCUUAUGAUAGCAGAUUCAAAGUGGAGGUUUAUCUCAACAAGCCGCUGAGGCCCAUCCACCUGAGCCCAGAGCAGGUAGCACUAGACAUGCUGUGUCUUUGCAGCCAGCUGGACCUCCUUGUCAGAGCUCAGGUCCUUCAGCAGCAGUCCAAACUGGACAUGAGUCCCGAGGAAUUGGAAGCAUUCCAGAAUCAAGGUGCUGAGAUUAUCGAUCAGAUGAAGCAGUGCCUUGAACACUUGCCCAAACCUGCGCCGUUGCUGGAGGACUACCUAGACAUUGCUGGAUUGUCUCUCAUGUUCCCUCGAGUAGAAGUCUUCAUUAUCCAUGGAAGUCCUGUGGAUAUGCUGGAGAGACCAGCAUUGGAUGGCUAUUUCCCUCACCUUGGGAAGCUGAACCAACUGCUGGGGCUCAGUCAGCAGCUAGAUAACGAUGUGAAGCACCUCGGAAGACACAAAUAUAUCGCCCAUCAACUUGCUGUUCUAUACCAAGCACUUAACUCCUUCAAAGAUGUAUUUCCACUGUCGGAUAUAAAGAAAGACAUUGAAGCCAAUUUUAAGCAGAUAAAGAUGUCUUUAGUAGCAGAGGAAGGAUCCAAGCAAGAACCACAGUUACCAGCCCAGUACAUCAGAUGGGUAUCACAAGUCACACAGAGCAUAAUGUCAGCCAUCUCUUCGCUUCCAGAAGAGCUCACUGAAGAACUCAGUCCAGUCAUGGCAUUUGUCUCUGAGUUGUCCUGACAAGAAGAAAAAAAAAUUCCAUGGUGCAGUAGAUAGGGAGGCAUAAAUGUAGGCAGUCUGUUAGUAACACUUUAAGAAUAUUGCACUGUUCAUUUUGUUUAUAAAAGUGCAGCAGUCCAUGAUGACUGUUGUAGUAUAGUCAGUAGUGUAGCAUUACGGUGCCUAAUUACAGGCAAGUGCAAAAGUUUGCACACCCUUAGCAUAAAAUGACUUGAUUAUUUUAAAUGUUUUCUUGUGUUUACUCGUACAUUUCUUUUAAAACUUCUUAGAUUUUUGUAGGUAAAUUGUAAAAAUAAAUGCAAAUUCUUCCGCCAUUUUAAAGCACACAUUUGCACUAAAGUGUAUCUUUUUUUUCUCGAGAUAUCCUCAGCAAUUCACCAGUUAUCCAUCAUUAUCAUGAAAAGAGCUGUUCGAAGAGUCGCACAGAGUCAGCUGAAAGAGAAUGAACUGUUUAAUAUGAUUAGUUACUACUGUUAAAAGGCUUGUUCUUUUACAGUACUGUUCUUACUGUCAUUACUUAUGGUGCUAACAGAAUUCACAAGUACAAUUAAAGCUCCAUAUUUCACAA